AUGUCGGACAGCGAGACGGAGUUGGUGCCUACAUUGGCUGAUGCCUAUCGCGCGGCUUUCGAUCACCUUGAAGAGCAGGGCCUUGAUGACCCCGGUAUCUGGGCUCUUGAUGACCCUCUACCGGGUGAAACUCCCUUGGCACAGCUGCUGGUACUCUUGGAUCUGAAUGGAAUUCUGGUCCGAUGCCCUCCGCUGGCAAAACGACUCCGGUGUCCAGACCAGCAUGUCGUCGAGAUCCAGCGCGAGCCAGGCGAUAAUGGUAUCGGUUCCUGGGCCUACACCCGUCCGGAAGAGGUUCGCAGGCUUGUCGAUUUUCUGACUGAGCUCCCCAUACAAUGGGGGAUUUACACCACGAUGACUCGCGAGAAUGCGUGUAGAGUUCUGCGCCACGUGUUUCGGAGCGCUGGCCUUCCAAUCACGGCUCCAACGGCUCCAGAAGAAAAAAGAUUGCAACAUGCACAUCCAGCUGGCCGCAAAUGGAUUUGGUUCUUUACGCAGGAGGACCACCACGAAUAUGAUCCGAACAGCCCACCCUUUCCUGGGCAUGAGCGGCAUGAAGGGAAUAAAAAGCUCCCAACAAAGCUGACAGCAAAGAUACAAGGGGUUAAUUCCGGGCACGGGCAGUCGCUUCUGACCGCAGGAGUCGUUAGCGACGUCCAGGAAUACCUGGAUGCUCAAGGGUUUGAGUCUCGAGUGUGCCCCAUGCUCGUAUGUGCUGCACCGAAGAAAACCAAGUUGAUUCGGGGCCUGAACCUUCUGAUCGAAGACUACGAUGACGAGGCGGUGGAAGCCGGCAAGAACACUGGGCUAGAGAGGGUCGAGACUGCUGUCAGCUUGGCCCUCCGGAACCUGAAUGCUGUUGGGACUCUGCUGAUAGAGGCCAACACAGCUUUCCUCUUCAGAAGAAGGCUGUGUGGGCUCACGGUUCCACAGCACAUGAAGGAUUACAGGGUAGACUCUCAAAACCAUGACAACACGAACCCGGACAUGUACAAGCUGAUCGAUUCCAAGAUUCUGGACUUUCUGGAUCCCUUCUCAAGUGCAGGAGCCGACUGA